AUGAGAAAUGAUGAAACCAAGUUUUCAGAUGGUAAGAUUUCUAGAUUACUAGAGUGGCUAAAUGGGUCUGGAAAAUGCUACGUUAAUCCAAAGAUCGAGGUAUUUGAAGAUCCGUUAGUUGGCCGAGGGAUCAGGCUUGGCAACGGUAUGUUGACCAAAAAUGAAGUAUUAAUUUCCAUUCCUAGUUCUCAUCAGUUAAAUUUUCACACGGUGUUGCAUUGGAUAGCAAAAUUUAAUAAGAAUAUCUUUACCAAUGAUAAUAUAUCAAUUGGUGAAGCUGCAACGGAAUUGUUUGAUGACCAGGGCCAAGAAGAUCCCAGAAUAAAAGCUUAUGGAAUUUUCAAUCAAGAGGAACUUACUGAUUUCAAUUCUUUUCAGCUACUAUGUCUUUUUAUUCUUGCAGAAUGGAUUCUGCUUCCGAAUUGGUCUAACGGUACAAUAACGUCAUGGUGGAAACCGUUUUUCGACAUAUUUCCUACCGACGACGAAUUGAGAUCGAUUCCUACAAAAUGGAGUCUAGUCCGUUCGGAUAAAAAUGCAUCAAUUUUACUUGAAAGUCUUCCAACGGCGUCAAGUGAGCACGAAAAGAGGAUUAGUCAACUUUUGCUAGCUGAUUGGAAUGCUGUACGAGGAUUUCUUAAAAAAUGGACCGAAGAAUUUACUCAUUCAACUAUUGGCAUGGAUGAGUUGUUCUCGCAUUUUGUACACAUUUAUUUUGUGAUUAACUCGAGAUGCCUAUAUAUGGAAAUUCCAUUAAAAACUGAUGUCAAAGAUUAUUUCACUAUGGUUCCCUUUGUCGAUUAUUUGAACCAUACUAAUAAGGCGAGUCUGCAUUGUUAUCCGGAAAUCAAUAAAUUGAAAAGGAAUGUCUACGGGUUGGGAGAAUUCUCGAUUAGGGUUGGAAAUCACCAGUAUGAGAAGGCCGGCGAAGAGUUAUUUCUCAACUAUGGUGCUCAUUCGAAUGAUUUCUUAUUGGCUGAAUAUGGCUUCACGACUUUAUGCAAUGAGUGGAAUUUCAUUGAUUUGACUCCAGAAUUUUGUAAUAUGUUUACUGACCCGAAGGAUAUUACAUUUUUGGAUAAUCUCGGAUACUGGAAGGACUUCACUAUAUCUAAAGGGGAGAUAAGUUACAGAAUUCUGGUCGCUGUCUCUUUGCUAGUUCACCGUGAUCACCGAAAAACAGAGAGAUUCGCUCUGGGCUAUAUUACGGAAGAAUACUUCGAGCCAGAAACUUCUUCCGUAAUAAAUUCAUUACUUCGAGAAUUAGAAUUCCAAUAUAUGUCCAAAAUUGAUAGAAUCAGUGAGAUACAGGAUGAUGACUGGUGCAAACGAAAUCUUCUCAAUUUAUAUGAAGGAUAUAUAGAGAUUUUACGAAGUCUUUUGUAA